AUGAAGUGGACCAAGUGGCUGGGGGUGGGGGUGGGGGCUGUUGCUCUCUUGGGUCUGGGGAUCAUCCUGGGCCACUUUGCUAUCCCCAAAGGGACCGACCCACCAGCCCACCAGGACCUGGAUAUGGAGGUCCUGAACACCGUCAUGGGACAACUGGAGGCCAGCAGGAUCCGGGAGAACUUGAGAGAACUUGCCAGAGAGCCCCACCUGGCCACCAGCCCCCAGGAUGAGGAGCUGGUGCAAUUGCUGCUGCAGCGCUGGAGGGACCCUGCGUCUGGCCUGGAUGCGGCCGAGGUCUCCACAUACGAGGUGCUGCUGUCCUUCCCCAGCCCGGGGAAGCCCAACCGCGUGACUGUGGUGAGCCCCACUGGAAACAUCCUCUUCUCCUGCCGCCAGACAGAGGAGAAUCUGACUGGGGAACAAGGAGGUCCUGAUGUGGUGCCACCCUAUGCUGCCUAUGCUCCCCCUGGGACCCCGCAGGGCCUCCUGGUCUAUGCCAACCGGGGCACAGAAGAUGAUUUUAGGGCGCUACAGUCUCAGGGCAUCAAUCUCAAUGGCACCAUUGCCCUGACCCGCUAUGGAGGUGCUGGGCGUGGGGCCAAGGCCCUGAAUGCCGCCAAGCACGGGGUGACUGGAGUGCUGGUGUACACCGACCCAGCUGACAUCAACGAUGGCCAGAGCUUACCCAACGAGACUUUUCCCUAUUCAUGGGGCCUGCCUCCCUCGGGGGUGGAGCGGGGCUCCUACUAUGAGUAUUUUGGGGAUUCCCUGACUCCUUACCUUCCUGCCAAGCACUCCUCUUUCCGCCUGGACCCUGCCACUGUCUCUGGAUUUCCCCCAAUUCCCACCCAGCCCAUUGGCUUUGAGGACGCAAAAUCGCUGCUCUGUAACCUCCAGGGAACUCUGGCACCAACAGCCUGGCAGGGAGCCCUGGGAUGUGACUACAGACUGGGGCCUGGCUUCCGGCCUGAUGGGCAUUUUCAAGCCAACAGCCAGGUGAACGUGAGUGUGUACAACCGCCUGGAGCUGCGGAACUCCUCCAAUGUCUUGGGGAUCAUCCGCGGGUCUGUGGAGCCUGACCGUUAUGUGAUGUAUGGGAACCACCGCGACAGCUGGGUGCAUGGGGCUGUGGACCCCAGCAGCGGCACCGCUGUCCUCCUGGAGCUCUCCCGCGUCCUGGGGACCCUGCUGAAGAAGGGCACCUGGCGUCCUCGCAGAUCAAUUGUGUUUGCCAGCUGGGGGGCCAAGGAGUUCGGGCUCAUAGGUUCCACUGAAUUCACAGAGGAAUUCUUCAGCAAGCUGCAGGAACGCGCUGUGGCCUACAUCAAUGUGGACAUUGCGGUCUUUGCCAAUGCUACCCUGAGGGCACAGGGGACACCUCCAGUCCAGAGUGUCAUCUUCUCUUCAGCAAAACAGGUCCCUGCCCCAGGUCCCAGAGGCCUCAGUAUCUAUGACAACUGGAUCCGGUACUUCAAUCGAAGCAGCUCUGUAUAUGGCCUGAUCCCCAGCCUUGGCUCCCUGGGAGCUGGCAGUGACUACGCACCCUUCCUUCACUUUCUGGGCAUCUCCUCCAUGGACAUUGCCUACACCUAUGAUCGGAGCAAAACCUCAGCCCGGAUCUACCCCACCUAUCACACAGCUUUCGAUACGUUCGGUUACGUGGACAAGUUUCUGGACCCUGGUUUCAGCAGCCACCAGGCUGUGGCCCAGACAGCAGGGAACGUGCUGCUUCGCCUCAGUGACAGCCUCUUCCUGCCCCUCAACGUCAGUGACUACAGUGAGACCCUCCGCACCUUCCUGCAGGCUGCCCAAAAGGACCUUGGGACCCUGUUGGAGCAACACAGCAUUAGCCUGGGCCCCCUGGUGAAUGCAGUGCAGAAAUUUGAGGAUGCUUCAGCAGCCUUGAACCAAAGAAUGUUGGCGCUGCAAAAAGGCAACCCCGACCCCCUGCAGGUCCGGAUGCUUAAUGACCAGCUGAUGCUCUUAGAAAGAAGCUUCCUGAACCCUCGUGCCUUCCCAGAGGAACGCUACUACAACCACGUGCUCUGGGCGCCCCGCACAGGAAGCGUCGCCACAUUCCCGGGCCUGGCCAAUGCCUGCUCCAAGGCCAUGGCCACAGCCCCUGGAUCUACAGCCUGGGCUGAGGUGGCGAGGCAGUUCAGCAUCGUGGUGGCAGCUUUGGAAGGCGCAGCUGCCACCCUGAGGCCUGUGGGGGAUCUCUGA